AUGCCCUCCAAACACACUCUGCGCAUGCUCCUGGCUGCGACUCUCGCUGCGCUGCAGCUGAGCGCGUCCGGCGCGCCGCUGGAAGGUGUGCGCACCAACCGCACCACAGAUGUGCAAGGCUCAGGUGAGGAGGGCGAGGACACCCGUAACCUGCAGGGAAGUUYGAACAUUUUCAAAAUCUGGAAUCAGGCCAUUACACAGACUAAACGCCACAAGGAAGAGUUUAAUAAAGAAUUUCAAGGCGUUGUGGAAUACAUCUCACUGGAAGAACACAUGCACCACUCUGGAGGAUUGUUUAUUUAUUUUAUUUUUAAUGUUCUCUCUGUUGACCAGGAGGCCUGUCUUCAGAUGCUGGCUAAGGGUCUGCUCACCUACAUGGUUCUCCUGAAGCACGUUGACAAGGAGUACCCCAACAACUCCAUAGUGACGGGGGUCAGGGACAGUGUCCCUAAGCUGAUCCAAAUGAUCAAAUCAAAGAUGAGGAGCAGCCAACAGGUCAAGGCGAUGACCAGCAGCGAGGAGCAGCAGCUGCUGAAAGAGCUCGAUAACCCGGACGCCUUCACCCGRAAGAUGAGGGCGCACAGCAUCCUGUGCUACCUCAACUUCUUCCUCAUCGACGGCGAAAGGUCGUUUUAUCGMUAUGAGACGCUCAGAAAUCAAGCAGCUCACGCCAACACCACAAACUAGUUGUGAGCUGCGAGAAGAAAUGUGAUGCUUUUAUUGUGAAGGAAUAUGAGACUUAGGUUGCUGUUUGUUCUUCUCAUGAAGUGUCUGUGCUGUAAGCCUGAGGGCUCCAGUUUCUCAUCACAAAUUAUUUAAUCUAUUUAUAAAUUUAAAUGUUAUUUAUUAGAGAAGCAAUGACUGUAGGAUUAAUUUAAAAGGAAUCUAAACUUUGAAGUGAUUUUGAUAUUCUAAUGACAGCUAAUCUAAGUAGCUGUUUGCAACUUUUCUUUUUUAAAAAAAGUUACCUUUUCUAUUCUUAUUUUUUUAAAUAAAAAAAUGUAUCGUUUUGCAUUUUUUGAUGCAAGUAUUUUAGACGUAUGCUGAAAUAAAAAAUAUAUAUUUGCAUAAAAAAGUGUUUCUUCAUUUAAAUCACCACACGUUUAAAACUCCCUGUUAAAUCUAUGACUGAGUCAAAUCAGGAUCUCAUUUGUCACAGACAUACUUUAAAAUACUUUUACUAAAAACAGGACCACUGUGUCACUCAUUUUUAGAAUUUAUCAUCAAGAAUUUUAAAUUAGAAAAAAAAUAACAUGAAUUGGACAGUGGAUCCAAACUGAACAUCAAAAAUUCAUGA